CGUGGAGCUCAGCGCGGGCGGCCGCAGCCUGCCAGCCCCCACUCACAUCACAUGGAGCGCCCUGCCACACUCGCAGCCUCGCACUGCACACUCUCACUCAACCCAGCUGAAACGCCCGCCGCGCUCCGGAACCGAACGCCGUGCCGUCGCAUGUAAAUACGGGGUGGUCUCGCCCCCGUCGCCAGCGCGUCCGCACCCAACCACACCUGACACCUCGCCACCCGAUGCCCAGCGCCACCGCGCCCAUCCAGACGCGAGCGCCGUAGCUCGGGCCGCCGGCUCAUGUCGGCCAACACCGUAGCCAAGGCGGCGGCGCCCAUGUCCGGGUCCUCCGACCCCUCGCCGUCCUCGUCCGCCGCGGCGUCCCCGCUGGCGCUGCUCCGCCCGCACCCGCACGCCCACGCCCAUGCGGGGCACCUGACGCCGCCCUCGCCGGCGUCCGGGGGCCCCGCGCCGCCGCCACCGUCCCCGGCGUCCGCGCCGCGGGACUACCGCAAGGGCAACUGGACCCUCCACGAGACGCUCAUCCUCAUCACGGCCAAGCGCCUUGACGACGACCGCCGGGCCGGCGCUGUCGGGGCCGCUCACGGCCACGCCCACGGGUCGCCCACGACGCCGCGGUCGUCGGAGCAGCGGUGGAAGUGGGUGGAGAACUACUGCUGGAACCACGGCUGCCUGCGCAGCCAGAACCAGUGCAACGACAAGUGGGACAACCUCCUGCGCGACUACAAGAAGGUCCGCGACUACGAGUCCCGCACCGCCGCCGCUGCCGCUGUCGCUGGCACCGCCGCGGCGCCAGGCGGCGGCGGCGGCGCGGGCGCCGUCCCGUCCUACUGGUCCAUGGAGCGGCACGAGCGCAAGGACCGCAACCUCCCCACCAACCUGGCGCCCGAGGUGUUCGACGCGCUGACGGACGUGCUCUCCCGCCGCGCCGCGCGCCGCGGGGGCGCGGCGAUCGCGGCCGCCCCGCCACCUCCAGCGCCGCCAUCACCGCCGAAGCCUCUCGUCGCGCAGCCCCGCCCCCCGCCGCCGCCUCCCCCGCCGCUUCUGACGGCGGUGGCGCCGCCGGCGACGUCGGUUUCCGCUGAGGAGUUGACGGGGUCGUCGGAGUCCGGCGAGGAGGAGGACGGGUCGUCGGAGGAGGAGGGCGUGGAGCCGCAGCCGAAGCGGCGGCGUCUGAACCGUCUGGGGUCGAGCGUGGUGCGCAGCGCGACGGUGCUGGCGCGCACCCUGGUGGCGUGCGAGGAGAAGCGGGAGCGGCGGCACCGGGAGGUGCUGGAGCUGGAGGAGCGGCGGCUGCGGCUGGAGGAGCAGCGCACGGAGGUGCGCCGCCAGGGCUUCGCGGGCCUCAUCUCCGCCGUCAACAGCCUCUCCACCGCCAUCAACGCCCUCGUCUCCGACCACCGCAGCGGCGACUCCGCCUCCCGGUGACCAGGUCGUCGUUGGUCGAUCGCCUAGCUCUCAACCGUACCUAGCUAGCAUUCGCAUUGUGCAAUCCGAUUCCGAGAGACGUAAAUAAGGUGAUGAUUGAUUGUGUUGGAGAGGCUGUGACUAGAAAUUUUUUUUUGGAGCGUUGUUGCAUUGGUCGCGUGCAUGCAGGCAUCAUCGCGACAUGUCCUACCUAGGUGCCCUUGUUGGUUGGUUUGAUGAGCAUGAGGUCCUUCCUCUUCCAUCUCC